GACGGCUCACCGUUAUUGUGUUUUACCAGAGUGGAGGAUCGUGUGUUUCACAGAGAAGCUGGAUACUGGUUCAUCUGUGUUUGAAACCGGGUGAAGUAACGUUUGGCGGCUUUAGACGCACCCACUAGUCCAACAGUGGUCUGAUGUCAGGAGUAUCCCGUGUCACUCGCAAGUCCUGGAACAUCUUUCUCUUUUAAGCUGGAUUUACCAGUACAUGGUGAAUUUCAUUCAUUAGCUUCAGUCCUCCUCUGCCAAAUCUCACAGCAUGUCGGGUGCCUACGAUGAGUAUGCCAUGUCCGACGAGACCACAGACAGUUUUUGGGAGGUUGGGAACUACAAGCGUACAGUAAAGCGAAUCGAGGAUGGCCACCGACUCUGCAACGACAUGAUGAGUUGCAUACAGGAGCGUGCCAAGAUCGAGAAGGCGUAUGCCCAGCAGCUCACCGACUGGUCCAAGAGGUGGAGGCAGCUGGUGGAGAGAGGGCCGCAGUACGGGACUUUGGAGAGAGCCUGGGUUGCUCUGAUGACAGAAGCAGAAAAGGUGAGCGACUUGCACCAGGAGGUGAAAAAUAACCUGGUGAACGAGGACUUGGAGAAGGUGAAGAACUGGCAGAAGGAGGCCUACCACAAACAAAUGAUGGGCGGCUUCAAAGAAACCAAAGAGGCGGAGGAGGGUUUCCGGAAAGCCCAGAAACCCUGGGCCAAAAAACUCAAAGAGUUGGAAACAGCAAAGAAAACGUACCACAUUGCCUGCAAGGAGGAAAAAAUUGCAUCUACAAGGGAGGCCAAUAGCAAAGGAGAGGCGUCCGUCACAUCAGAUCAGCAGAAGAAACUCCAGGAGAAGUUGGACAAGUGCAAAAACGACGUUCAGAAGGCCAAAGAAAAAUAUGAGAAGAGCCUUGAUGAGCUAAGCAAGUGCACGCCGCAGUACAUGGAGAACAUGGAGGUGGUGUUCGAGCAGUGCCAGCAGUUUGAGGAGAAGAGGCUGAACUUCCUCCGGGAGGUGCUUCUGGAUAUCAAACGCCAUCUUAACCUCACCGAGAGCCAAAGCUAUGCUGCAGUCUACAGGGAACUAGAGCGAGUCAUUGCCUCAGCCAGUGCUCAAGAAGACCUCAAGUGGUUCAGCAGCGUCCACGGACCAGGCAUGCACAUGAACUGGCCGCAGUUUGAGGAGUUUAACCCAGAGCUGGGCCACUCCAUUAAUAAGAAGGAGAAGAUUAAGAGGAACCAUGAUGGAGUCAUGCUGACUCAAAUCACACAUGGUAUAGAUCCGGGCACACCGCAGACUAGUAGCCGGGGCAGCGUGAGCAGUUAUGAGAAGAACCAGCAAUAUUCUGCUGAAUGGUCUGAUGACGAGCAGCCGCCUGCUGCCCAAUCAGCUAGUGAAACAAACGGCGGAAAUCCGUUCGAAGAGGAGAGUAAAGUAGUGCGAGUGAGAGCGCUGUAUGACUAUGAGGGACAAGAACAAGAUGAGCUCACAUUUAAAGCAGGAGAAGAGCUGACCAAACUGGAGGAUGAGGACGAGCAGGGUUGGUGCAAAGGCCGGUUGGACAGCGGUCAGCAAGGCUUGUACCCGGCUAACUACGUCGAGCCCGUUUAGUUGCCUUGUGUGAUGAAGAAGGCCUUAAAGACUUUACCCCGCGAGAUUUCAGAAAAAACAAUUUCCUUGCCUGAUUGACUUGCUGAGAAGCUUUACGCAGCAUUUCCUUAAAAAAGCCUACAGUAUCCCAAACACAUAUCGCACCCCAGCGAGAGCAGGGAAUGAUUCUGUGCGUCUAUGUAGCCAUGUUCAGUAUGAAUUCUUGUGCUGCUGACAUGUGUUCGCGUAUGGUCUCCUGUAACAAUAUUAAUGUAAUGACGUCCAUGAAGCCUAGCGUAGCGAAAACCGGCUAUGCGAUGUGUAUACUAGACUUUAAUUUUGAAGUGGAGGUUCUGUGUUAAACCUAGCAUCUAUUUUGCUUACAUAAUUUGACGCAUUUAUAUGUGAAGCAGGAUAUUCAGUGAGGGCGGGACUUGAUUUGGGUUGUGAAAAGUGGGCGGACCCACAUGGUUGAGGGGAGGGGCUUUAAAUCAAAGGGCUUGAUGACAUCACUCAACAAGGAGAGUGGUUGUAGAGGCGGAGCAUUUUUAUUUUUAAACAUAUUAUUCUUGAUAAACUGUGCACAGUAAGAGCAGAAACGUGUGUAAAUAGGGUCAGUUGUACUUUAAUGCGUCAAUAUUUUUUUCCAAAUGCAAAUGAUGCCUCAAAACACAUUACAUUCUUUUUUCUUGUUUUUUAUCUUUUUUUUUUAAACCUAUUUUAAGAAAAUGUAAAAGCCCUUGAACAAGUAAGUGUAAGCUUUCACUUAAAAGACAACUAUGGUGAAGUGUCUUUUUUUUCCCUAAAAGAUUGCUGAUCAAUUUCUGUCCUAAUUUGUAAUAAAUCUUGAAUGAAUCAGAACUGAAAUUCUACAAAAGAUUUAUCUAUGAUACAAAUUCAGAAUUUUUGAGUCAGGAUGUUAGUUAUGACUUCAUGACCAUUGAACUGUGGUUCACAGUGGUAUCUGGGCGCAUUCUGUUGAAAAGUAUGUUCAAGUGCUUUUUCUGCCUUUUGCCUGUUUAUGAGACUGGGAAUGUCUUUUAACAUGCGAUCCAUAACUAAAUCAAUGGGCAAAGUUCUUACUGUAGCGCAACAAUGUUAAUACUAAUCUAUGGUGAUUUCAUUUGUCAUAUGUUUUUAACCCUGUAGAGAGCUACACUCUGUUAUGGAUUGUGGAUGGAGGAGGUGAUGUAUAUAUGCUGUAUGUUUAGACUGGACUGAUGUGUUUUAGUCUUCAUGUCAGUGUAGUAACUGUCCAAUUCAAGUUCACAAUAAAAGAAAAAACUCAUGAA